AUGCGUUACACUUCGUCGCUCGGUCUCCUGGCCUCAGCAUCCGUUGCUGUUGGAGCAAUUGCACCACCGGCUGCAGAAGUUCCACUCAUCGGCCCAUCCUUCCUCUCCAACUUCGACCCUACCGAUUCUCAGUACAUUCGCAACGCCUCCGAGUCCUUCCCCGCGGUAAUUGACGCUCUCUUCGAGAGUGGUGCCCUGAACAAGACCGAUCUCGAACUCGUCUUCUCCGUCGACGUAUUUUCGGCUGCGACGAACAAGUCGCUCUACAGUUACUACCAUGUCGGCGAAGAAGGAAAGAAAGGUCUGACGAAGGGAAACCUCGACGAUGAGACGGUUCAGCGCACAGGGAGUGUUUCCAAACUCUUUACUGCCUACGCACUCAUUGCCGCAGCCGGCAUCGAAGUCUUCAGUCACCCCGUGACGAGGUAUAUCCCUGAGCUCUUGGGCAACUCGUCUGGUGACCCGCUCAGCAAUGUUCGCUGGGAAGAUAUCACCGUCGGUGCGCUGGCAUCUCAUCAAGCUGGGUCUGGCGGAGCAGUUGUGGCUGUCGACCCAAGGUUCAAUGUCACCGACGCGGCAAGGCUAGGCAAUCUCACGGCUCAAGACCUUUUCGCCUAUAUGCGAGACUUCAAACACCCCACGAUCUCUCCAUACCGCAGCGCUCUUUAUUCCGAUGGAGGCUACAGCCUUCUUGGUCAAGUCCUCGCUCGUCUCUCAGGGCAGACUUACGGCGAUGCGCUUCGGGAUACGGUCUUGAAACCCCUAGGACUGAACGGCACGUCAGUCACUGCGCCUGAAGGUCCAGACGUGAACGCAAACAACCGCUUCCUCCUCCAUUCCAAUGAUUCAUCUUGGGGCCAACCCCUGCCCUAUGCCCAGGGAUCUGGUGGCGUAUACUCCAACGCAGCCGACCUCCGUGCUCUCGGACUUUCCAUUCUGAACUCUGAGAUUCUCUCCGCCGCUGAGACAUCCAGCUGGAUGAAACCUCUCAGCAGCACCGGCUCUCUAGUAGAGCUCGUCGGCGCGCCGUGGGAGAUCUCCCGUUUGGCGAUUCCCGUGUCACACGGUUCGAAUGUCACUCGCAUCUCCGACCUUUAUACCAAAGCCGGGGGUACCGGAGACUACACCUGCAUCUUCGCCUUAUCCCCUGACCACGGCAUCGGGUUCUCCAUUUUAGUGGGCGGCGACAGCGCCACCGACGCCCGCUGGCCGAUCCGCAACGCUCUCGGCGAACUGUUCAUCCCAGCCGCCGAGGCCGCCGCCGCGGAGAAUACGGAGCGAAAUCUGGCAGGUUUCUUCGAAGCAUCCGAGGGCAGCAACGUUACCCUGACCUUCGACGACGACCACCCGGGCUUGGGCAUCGGCUCCAUGUACCUUGAAGGCACCCUUGUCAUGCCAACGGAUGAAUCCAAGUCGCUUCGUCUGUACCCAACCGGGCUGUACUCCAAUACUCGAUCUCUAUCCGCGCUGUACAAUACGAAGGGUACUUUUAGGACGACUUACCGCUCGGUUACUACCACACCUUAUCCCCGGGCCGCAUCAGAAGGUGGCGCUGGAGGAUUGUUCGACGAUCAGCACUCUUGGCUGAAUGUUGGCUUCUUGGAUACUUCGGACGAGUUAAUCUUCACGAUUGAGGACGGGAAGUUGACCUGUGUUGAGUACAAGGACUUCAUUCUUGGUCAGGUCACGUUUAAGAGGGUUGAAUGA